ACUGUUAUUGUUGCUAGCGUAACGUUUGUGUUGCUGUAUCUGAACCGAUCUGUAAUAAUGCUGGGGGGUGAGCUCCAAGCUAAUAAUCUGGUGCACAAUCAAUUACGAGAUAUAAUUCAGACUCAACAACGUGUCCUGGCCACAUUCAAGAAGACGAUGAUCACCAAAGAACAGGAAUUGAUACCAAAAGAACAAUAUGAAGAGGUUGUAAAUGACCUUGAGAAUGAGAGACUCCAGCAUGCUAAAACUCAAGCACUCCUCAACCAGGAAUCUGAAAAGCUGCAGUUUGCCCUUGGAGAAAUAGACAUCCUAACAAACCAGAUGGAAAGAGAAAAGAAGUCUUUUGAAAAAGUGCUUGCCUGUAUUAAAAAUAAAGCAUUGAAGGAAUCUACAAAAAAUGACAAAUUGAAAAGCAAAUGCAAUGAAAUUGAGUCCACAGUUCAAAAGCAUGAGGAUAUUUUAAUUAAGAAAGAGAACCAAAUCAAGCAGCUUCACAACCAACUUGCAAAGCAGAAAACAACCUUGAAACUCCAGCUGACUGAUGUUGAGAUCCAGAGGAAGCAGGAAGCUUACAUUGCAGCAGCACUGCAGAAGAAACAGAGAACAGCGGGGCACUGGACCAGCGGCUCCUCUUGA